AUGUCUGGUCGUGCAUCGGUAACUUCCGAGAGCUGGAGCACUGCUACAAAAUCAAAGGUUAGCUUAGCCUUCAACCUUCUGGGACCCGUUAUUAUUGCGUGGAGUGGCUUUGAAUAUUUCAUUUUAUCUCGGUCGAGAGGAAGUUCUACAGAUAAGCUCGUCGACCUUCUUGGAUGGUCGCACUUGGAGAAGGGACAGACAGAAGGAGCGACGCUAGACGAAUAUGAUCCAUGGAUGAAGGCGUGCGAACGUCCCGUGCCGGGCGACCAUAUACGGCCCGUUUCGUCCAGCCUAUCCACAUUCGACGACUCAGACAAAACCGGCAAUGCUGAGUCAAGAUUUCUGCCUGAGUCAAGGAUCCUGCCUGAAUCGUAGACCAAUUAUUUCCGGACUCGUAGACGUUCUAAUGGCGUCGUGAGAGGACGAAGCCUUCAAAGUCGCUUUCAGAAAGUCUCCGG